GUGAAACAGCUGUCAGUCAGUGGGGAAAAAAGCCUGGCUAGGCGGGGCUGCAGGAGAGAUCGGCGAGAGCGGCCUUAGCAACGGUUUGCUGGCGGUGAGCUGCUGUUGGGCAACUCGGCUGGCGGGUAAAGCUAGGAGGUUCCGGCCGGGGGCGCCGGUUGGAGACAUGUCUUCAAUAUAGAAAAGUACGUGAGAAGGUGGGAAAAGAUACGAUGUUUCAAUCAACCAUAUCUCAUACAUUUUAUUAUGAGACUUACAGGCACAGAUGAAAGUAAAUAUGCCUUAAACACUGCUGUUUGGAUAUACCAAGCAUCCAGACCAAGUUCAGACCAAUGGAAAAAAAAUGCAGCAAAAAUUGAAUUGAAUGAAACUCAAAAGCAAGAAAUUAAAGAGGCCUUUGAUUUAUUCGAUGUUGAUGGGUCUGGAACCAUAGAUGUGAAAGAACUGAAGAUUGCAAUGCGCGCCUUAGGAUUUGAGCCUAAGAAAGAAGAAAUUAAAAAGAUGAUAGCUGAAACUGACAAAAAAGGAAUUGGCACCAUUAGUUUUGAAGAAUUUUUUGCCAUAAUGAGUGUAAAAAUGAGUGAAAAGGAUGAAAAAGAAGAAAUACUGAAGGCUUUCAAAUUAUUUGAUGAUGAUGAUACAGGAAGUAUAUCACUGAACAAUAUCAAGAGGGUUGCUAAGGAACUAGGGGAAAAUUUAACAGAUGAUGAACUUCAGGAAAUGCUUGAUGAGGCUGAUCAUGAUGGGGAUGGAGAAAUAAACAAGGAAGAAUUUUUGAAAAUGAUGCAAAAGACCACUCUUUAUUAAUGCUGUCUUUUGUGCCUUCUGGAAAGUUGUUAACAAGUUUGUAUUUGUUGUAAGUUCCAUAAUAGCUGAAUGUAUUCAUUUUCAGUGUUUAUAUACACAAACUCUUGAUGUCUAAUCCAUGUGAGAAGUUACAUGUUGCUACCAGUAUGUUGUUAAAUCUAUAACAUCAAGAAAUAAAAUAUAGUGACUUCCUUAAACUAUGAAUCUGAAGAACAGUAUUAAUUACAAGUGCUGUUUUUAGAGCUCCAGGUUCUAAAACUUAGAUUUUUUUUAAUUUAUGGAAAUUGGCCCCACAUCAUAUGAAUUUGGCAAUCCAGCCAUUACUUUCCCUAUUAUUUUCCUUUUGUGCAACUCUAAAAAUGAACAUUUGCUUUUUAACUGAUUAUUCAGAUAUGUAAAGUCUUAAAUAAAACUGUCUGGCAGCUUCA